GUCAUACGACUCGUCAGCCAAGCCGGCACCGGCUACUUCUACACAAAGCUCAAGAACUUCAAGGCAGGCGUCGAGAAGCUGCAGCUCCUCAAGUUUGAUCCGAUCGUGAACAAGCGCGUGCUCUUCAAGGAGGAGCGCAUCAAGAAAUGA